AUGUCGACAAUUGGACGUACAUUGAAAAAUUUUAUGAAGAUCGGGCCCAAACAAUAUAUGAAGCAAUUAGACACCAUUGGUGAUACCAAAUGGGGUAGGCUUGUGGGCAUUGACGCCAACGGCAAUAGAUUCUUUGAAAACAAUGACGAAGUUUCCGGCCGUGAGCGUUGGGUAGAAUAUGCCAGUAAUCAACCUGAUCCAGAGGACAUCGCACCUGAAUGGUACAUGUGGUUGAGUCGUAUUGCUCAAGAACCCCCUACAGAAUGGAAAAUGGAGCCCAAGAAGUGGUGGGGUGAACCUACUCCCAACUUCUCGGGUACCAAGAAGGGUUUCAAAACAUACAGUACUACAGUGCCAAAAUUAUAUUCUUGGGAGCCUACUCAAUAUUUACAAGUGGUACGAGCAUGGCCAAAAGACGAGUUAAGGCCGAAUCGAGGCAUGAAAGAAAUUCUCGCCAAAAGAGUGGAAGAAGGUUUUAAGGGCCCUAAUGCUAAUGAGCUUGAUAUAAAAAAGGCCCAAAGAGAACUAAAAGCUCUACAAAGCAUUCUAGAUAACAAGUUUAAAAAUGACUACCCUUUACCCCAGCAACUAUUUCGUCCUGUUGAUAACCCACAAUAUUAUGAACGAUUAAUAUCAUCAUUGGAAGCGCAGAAGAAAGGUUCAACGAGUGUUUUCAACUUUGCUAUGAAGACAUUGUUCAAGAAGUAG